CUGGCGCAUACUGGAACGUAAGACUAAAGUCGAAUGUCUUGCAACAGUGAGUCCUGAUCCUGAUUAUCUUGGAGACAGCAGAAGAAUCAAACCAUCAUAAAUGUUUCUUCAAGAUGAGUGGCCUUGAACCCUGCACAUGCUGAACCCAGGCAAAGGAAUAAAGGCAAUUCUGCGUUAACAGAGCCUUAAGAAGAAGCUUCUCCUGACCUCAUCUUGUACAACAUUGGGCUGUUUGUCUGGAAACAACUCAGGCUUUGAGCCAAUGUCAGAGAUGCCUGUAAGAAGGCAUCCUUACAGGCUGCAGCCUAGCCACGCUAACUGAAAGCAAUAGAUGAUUACAUCUCUUGUUCAAAGGAUGUGCUGCUGAUUGGCCAAAAAGUUUCAUUUCUUUUUCACCAGUCCAAAACUUAAUUGAUGUUAAGUGUAUGCCGCAGGGUGUACAGUACAUAAUGGUGACCAAAAAUGAUGCUUGAAUGUGGCAUCCAGGUGCAGGGUAUGGUAAAAGGGGUGAGGCUCUCUCAGAAAAGCAUAACAGCUGACUGAUAGUCUGCUGCCAAAAAUGGAUGCUAAAUUAAAAGAGGACCUGUUUCGGAGGUAUGUGACCGCACUGGAGAGGCGUCUGGAGGUUGGAGGGGAAAACACAAGGAGCGGAAAUGCACCUGAAGGGGACAGGGGGCGAUACAAGGACAGUGAGGCCCUACUCUCCACAGCCACUGCCCUGCUUGGGGCCUACCAGCCAGAUCCGGGACAGCGUUUUCGGAUGGUGCGUUUCUAUGAAGUGGUGGAGAGUUCUCUCCGCUGCCAGAGAGGAGGAAACCUAAGGAGUCUGGAAAGAGCCUUUCGCACAUUGGAAACUAUCUGCACUAAUCUCUUGCUCUUCCCCUGGAAGAAAGAGUUCAGAUGUAUAAAGACCUUCACUGGCCCGUAUGUGUAUCAUCUGCAGUCUGCCAUUACCGAUGCUGAACUCCGAGCUCUAAUGCGCACUAUUGGCUACGCCUGUGACCACGACUCACAGUUUCAUUUGCAGGAGCACCCAGGUGGCACAAAUCAUCUCCGUCAAAUGGCGUUCGAGCUCUUCCUGGCCCAAGCAGAGUGUCGUCUCCUGGGAGAGGUAGUGGCUCUGGCCCGAGGUUCGGCCUCAGAAAUGGAGGCUCUGGAACUCCGCAGAGGCUGUAGAGAUGACGCAGCCGGCUGUGCGGAGGCGCUCCGUAGACGUGACAGCCUUGGGGCGGAUAUGGCCCGCCUGUCUGUGCGGCCCCUGGAUAUAGAGAGGCCUCAUGCCCACCACCUGAGGCGAGGUAGCCGGCCAUCUAAGUCUGUGGAUGUCACAGAUGGGGCUGGUCACUGGCACCCAGCUGUUAGCAAGCCUGUCUUGAAGGCCUCAUUGAGUCUGAGAAAGGAACCUCUGUUUGUGGAUGCAGAGGAGGAUAUGAAGGAUGAGAUCAUCAGGCCCUGCACCUCAGCAUCGCUCUUCUCUGUGGCAGCUCCUCCCUCUUAUAGCCCUGUUGCGGAUUUCUUCCCAAUUCAGUCACCUCCUCCAGCGGAUCCUUACUCCUCCUACCACCUGUCUUCGCUGGAUGAGAUUGAUUUGUACACCGAGAGAGGCGGCACAGGAACAGGAGGGAAGCAGAUCCCCUCUCGACCUCCAUCCAGAGAGCCUCGGGAUGCAAGGGAGGCAUGGCUGCUCAAGGCUCAUGGCAGUGUGAAAUGUCAGGGCUGUGGGAUGGGCUGCUCCACUAUGGCCUCCUGCCAAAGGUGCGACAUGAUCCUCUGUUCUUCCUGUCAUGACGUGGACCCUUCCCCGUGUUGCGGCCUCCAGGACUACCACCCCAAAUCUCCACGUCCUCUCGAUGGAUACAUUCCCGUCAAGGAAAAGCUCUCUGUCUAUUCUAACACACACUCCCACUCCCAUCUCCAUCCCCACCCGCUCACUCUGACCCACUCACACUCCCACCCCCACCCUCACCCCCAGAUGGUGGAGAAGCCCCUCAUGUCCACGAAGCUGUUUCCAAGCAAGUCAGUCGCCUUGACCACGCCAAAGGGGGGCAGCAGUGAGCGAUUAAGCUCAGGGGGAUCGCGAUGCGGGUUCUGCAACAAGCCGGGUGCAUCACACACAUGUGUGAACUGCUCUAAGGUGUCAUGUGACUCAUGCAUGGGCUUGUAUGCAAAGGAUAUGUGCACACGAAAGAAUCCCCAGCACAGCUUUGUCCCCAACCAUCAGCUCAACUUUAAAUCUGGCACCAUAUCUCACCUGGUGUACCGAUAAAUCUGGCAGGCGGAAUAUUUGUUUCUUCCUUGUAUUCCCCCCUUGCUACGUAGUCCUGCAUUAUUGCUUUAGCUCUAUUCCCGUUUAAACAGCUUAUUCACUAUCUUUCCCCGUUAUCUGAUGGUCUUUUGCUCUCUGUAACACUCCCUUGAACUUUGUACAUUUUUCCCUGGCUGUCAGAAGGGCCCUGGAAUGCACAUGCCACAGAGAGCCAUAUCAUCCGCCCAUCUCUCUGCCUUGUACAAGUUCAGGCCUUUUAAUCUAUUUCUUUUUCGUUUUACCUUGCUACCUGCUCUUGAGUAGUCAUGUGAUGUUGUAGCGCUUCCCAAAUUCCUUAAAUUUUGACCUCCUUAAAAGGGAAACUGGAGAAAAGAGUUUAAAUCCUUCUCAUUUUGAAUGAAUUCCGUCCAAAUGACAUAUAUACUUUGCCUCCUCAGCUAAAAAUUCCUCUAGUAUAUAAAUAUAAAUAGAUAUAUAUAUACAGUAUAUAUGUGUGUGCGUGUGAGAGAGCGUUUGGGUGUGUGUUUCUGUGUAGAAAAGACCUCUGAGCUUGCAUUGUGACAAAGGAGAUCUUUUUAAACUUGAAGAAUAGUAGGGAAAACAGAGAAAAAAUACACUGGAAGUCAAUAAGUCAAUAGUAUAUAUUUUUAAUCUCUAUUCUCUAGAACAAUGUGAGACUGUUAAAUGGGCAUGAGGUCUGUCUUUGGGAUUUAUGGGGUAUAAAUUUAUGUGAGUGGGUGUGGGAUUGGAGAUAUCUCUAAGGGACUUACUGAGACUAUGGUCAGAUGCCAUAUAUACUAUUCAAAAGAUUAUGCCUUGUAAAUUAACCCGAAUUUGUUUCUGGUGAAGUUGAAAAGCUGCUGUUGACUAGAGACAGUGAAGAUUUUUGGGGUUGACUUCUUUCUGGUAAAACGCCUGUUGUGUCAGUUCCAAGCCCCCCCUCACAGCUGUCCCCUUUCAUUUCACUCCUUAAGCCACCAUUGCUCAUGAUGUUGUUGUGCACCCUAACCAGAUCAUGUGGUUCCAUGUCAGUCUCAGGUGGAGUCUUUGGAAGUCUCUCGGUGAUCACACAAAUCAAGAGAUUACUGCUUUUUUGGCGGCGUGUGGGCCUAUUGGCUGCUUUUAGACAGUGAGAAAGUGUAAACUCUGACAUGGUCUCUGUCUACCUCAAAUGGCUUAAGCUUAAACACCGUGUUUGACAAUGUGGUUUUAAAGUAGCCCUGAAAACACUAUGAAUUACAGUUUUUUUUUCUUAUAUUAACUCUUGUUGAAUAUCUGUCAUUUUUAUGAAUUAGCAGAGUUUAUUUAUUCCCUGAUAUAAAUUUGUCUUUUACUACAAAUAGGGACUGUAUUUACAGAAGUUGGAAAAUGUGUGUCAUAUAAUUUAAUUAGGGAUGUCAGCAUUAAUGCAUUAAUAGUCUUUUUAAUUGCUUUAAUCACAUGCUGUAUUAUCCCCUUCCUUGGUUAAGCAUUGCAGCGUUUCCCUGCAGCCAAACAGAUGUAAAAUAAGUAAACCGCUACACCUUACCGUUUCAUUUCACGUAAAAAAAACCCCUCUCAGACAGUUCAGUAAACAAGUCAGAAGUCAUCUGCACCUUGUGACUUCAAACAUUUCACUAAUUUUCCUUAUCUUUACAAUCCAUAACAAGUCCCUUUUCUGUAAAUCAUAAUCUUCAAUCUACCCAAAGUUUUCAAUGUUAUUUCGAAAUAUGGGCAGGUCUGUAUCCAAACAGGAAGUCAGACACCCUUAGUUUAAAACAAUACAAAAACAAAAUGAACAAUGCCUUUCUUACAAGAAACACGAUUUCCAAAUAUUUUCGAUUUUGCUAAGUUGACCUGUUGUGCUUAGUUUUACAUAAUUUCUAUUGUGUUGUGACUUUCUUGAAUAUAAGAUAACCAAUAUGUAUUCAUUCGAUACUAGUUAGUAGGGAUGUAACGGUAUCAUAAUCUCACAGUAAGAUAAUACUGCAACAAGAAGUCCACAUUUUGAUGUUUAUUGUGGUAUCAAAAUAAACCCCAAAACUACAAAUGAAGUGUUUACACACGUUCUAAAACCUGCGUUGUCCACCACUAAAAGUAGCUGUAGGUCUUCAGGGAUAUAUUCACUGAUCACUGAUACAAGUUGUGAUCUGUUGAGCUCCUGCUCUUGUGUGGGGUAGUAGGAUUGUGGACGCUUCCUUAAGAGUCCUCUGGCCUGGCAGGAUUCCGCCGCUCGCAUCUUUGCAAAUCUUUUUGGGAUGAAGUGGCUCCUUAUGUUAUUUGUAUUCCCCAUCAAGUGUGUCACUGCAGUCUGGCAGUGUCAUCAUGGUGCUUUUUGUUUGUCCACCUUUUCUCCUUUCAUGACACCGGGUGACCAAAAUGCUUCCACACGUGACAUUUCAAAGUGAGACUCCACAAUCUUACUUGGUUCUCCAUUGCCACAAGUAGCAUCCACCUUGUUAGAUCAAGCCAGUGGGUCCGCUCAAAUAGUUAAUGAAUGACGUUCAAAUUGGCUUAUGCUAUAUUGUGAUCAUUGUUUUUCAUCGUAAUCAUGAAAGUACGCCAAAGAAAAUCUGUAUCCAUUGAAGGUUUUUAUUUGAGAGUUUAUAGUGCUUCUCACAUAAGUUGAGAAAAAGACAGAGCUAGAGUAGACUUUUAUAAUUAACAGAACAAGAUAGAAUUAAAGAUAGAAUGGAUAGGAAGAGAAUAAAACAAAACUUAAACACCACUGUAAAAUAUAAGCACUUAAAUAUCAUUCAUCUACUCUUUCUGUGAAGUAAGAGAACGCGCCGAGUGAUAGAUGGGCAUUUUGUAGUCCAUCGAUGUUGAAUUGUAGUUUUUACCCACAUCACAACUACUCAGGAUUCCCUAAUCACGCGGUUCUCCUCUCCUAUCCUCUUAUUCCCACUUUUCUUCGAUCAUGUGACUUUUCUCAUUGGGGUAAGGAAAAGUGGAUAUGAAAGGACUUAAGGGGUAAAUUUUUUUUACUUUUCAGAUACACCCAGUGAGAAGAGUGCAAAGGGUGUUGGGUACGCAAGGGUCGGUGGCAACUGUAGUUCCCACUUCCCUUCGCUCUGUUCCUCUAAAAAUAAAAAUUUUGCCCUGAAGACCAGUUGUUUGAAACUAUUACAUGUCCAUGACGCUAUGACGAUACCGUUACAUCUCUAUUAGUUAGUGGUUAAUGCAAAGUCUCUCUCUAGGGAUGCACAAUAAUCUCAGCAUAUCUAUAGAUUUGAGCUAAAAAAAAAAAGUUAAUUAUUGAUAUCUGAAGGUAUGAACAUUUUUUACUUGCAGGUCUUUUUUUUUUUUUUUUGGUUACAAUGUGGCUGUAAAUAUCAGCCUUAUGUUUGUGGAGUUUCAGGCUGGACUGACAGACCUAUGUCAGCUAAAGUCUUUUCUUCUUCCAUCCUCAUUCCUUAAACUUUAAAGUGUAUUCGGAGGACUGAAGUUUUUGGUCCGAACUACACUUUUAUAUCUGUAUCAGCUAAAAUUACUUUGUACAUAUCGGCAUAUCGGACAUCAGCAAAAAUCUAAACUUACUUAGUGCUGAACACGUGGUGGAUUGAUGUUGGGUCUUUGUAAAUAAUUUAACAGAUUACCGACUAGACCUGCCCCAUUUGUAAGGUGUCUUGAGAUAUUUAUUUGGCACUAUUCUAGUAAAGAUUGAUUUAUUGAUUUAAUAGCAUCUUUAAGAUAAAAAGUCAUGUGUGAAUAAACUCUGCUAAUGUCAAGGGAGUAGAGGAGUGUCUUUUAAAUAGGUCUACUUUCACUGAUUAGGCUUUGGUUCUCUACUCAAAGGAUAAUAAAUGAAGUACAUUGCAUUUGAUAGACACUAAGGGCUAGUUUCAAGUCACAUUUCUUAAAGAAGUUAAACUCUGAGUUAUUUUGACUGACCAUUUAGGUGACUGCAGCCUUUAUGCUCUGUCAGGAAUAACCUUUAAAUGCCUUAAGCUAAUUCAGCUGUCUUAUCAUUGAGUAUUUUGAGUGAAAGGUGAUGCCACUUACAUUGUUCUUUGUUUAAAAACAGCCUGUACCAUGGUUUCGCCAGGCUUUAUGAACUUCAUUCAUACAGUAGCUUGUUCCCUGACAGCUAAGGAAGGCAUUCAGAGCAGUUCAGAAAAUACACAAAUAUAGACAUGCAUAUCAGAACAUGCAUAGUAACAGAAUUAUGCAGCAAGUUACACCUUUUGAAGACCAACAUACACAAUGUGCAUUUUUUUUUAUUUUAAAGAUAUCUGAAAUACAUGUUUAGUUCCAGGGAGUGAUGACUGAUCUUACACUUCAGUUCAUUCCUUCUGUGUGUGUUGUUUUUUUGUUUGUUUGUUUGUUUUGUAUCAUAUGAACCUAAAGAAGGGAUGUUUUGUGAGGAUGUAGCUUUGAGAGAUUGUCUUGGGUCAACACUAAAUGACUUGGGUAUAAUUAAAGACUUGAGUGACCUUAGGGGAGGUGUGCAAUUGUUUAUUUUCUUCUAAUGAAGCCUUUCUGAGUAGUUAGAAAACUUAACAUAGUUGUAUUUUGGUUAAUCCAGUCUGUUCAUUGUCAGUCAUACCAGCAACAACUUUAAGAAGUUUUGAGCCAUGUUGCAGGCGUGAUCAUAUUUGCCAAAUGAAGAACAAAUAUCUUAUUGGAAUAGUAAAUUGAAUCUUGUUGUUUGCUCUGAUCUACAGUUUAUGUAAGGAAGCUGGUUUUGCUGAAGGUUAGCCAUGUGUCUGCAGAUGUUAGCCUUUGAAAAAGGUCUGAAAGGGAUUCAUCAGCGUACUCACACAGCAUGGGGUGUGGAUUUGACUCCGAUCAGUGGACUGAUGGUUUGUGUGGGUCACUACAAAGGGCUAAAGAGUCUUCAGGGCUGCUGCUAAGUUUGUGGACACUGUUUUAACAAUCUUUUAGUGAACAGCGACUUGUCGUGGCUUAAUCUCUGAUGUGGCGCUUACUUUACAUUCAUGAUUAAAUAUCAAGUCCAAAUGUUGGAAAAAAAAACGCUUUUUUAAUUUUGUGUCAUGGAAUACAUUGAGCCAUUUGAACAUGAUUGGUUUAACCCACAUCAGACGCACUCAAAUCAUUGUUGAAGUCAAUACUCCCUUUACCUCUUUUUGUGGUUAUCUUACUGAUGUUAACAGUGGUUGUGUAGUUAGGCCGCCCCUUUUCCAUUCCUUGUACCAAAACCUUUUCUUGGCAUGCUCUGUUCAAGGCCUAGACCUACACCUCUUCUCCCUCAGCCCCACAUGCACCCUCAACCACUGUCUCAUUCCCUCCACCACCUUGGCACUGAGGAUCACUGCACAAUGUCUAUGUGAAGGGGUAUGGACCUUAUGAUCAAUAUGUGGGCAUACCUGGGGGUGGAAAGGGAAAAUAGCCAAAAUUGUUAAUCAGUGAAUAUAUAUAUAUAUAUAUAU